CUCUAUCUAUAGUUUGAAGAUCGAAGGUUUCGUAUGCACAUUAGAUGGCAGCACUAAAGUGGUGAAAAAUAAAAAAUUUUUUGGUCGUGAAAUAAUAUUGAUAUUCGGUACAAUAAUUAGCAGUAUUUAAUAAAUACGUUCACAAAAUGUCUUCUCUAACUAAGCCAAAGUCUGAGAUGACACCAGAAGAAUUAGCAAAGAGAGAAGAAGAAGAAUUUAAUACUGGACCUCUUUCAGUUCUAACACAAUCUGUGAAGAACAAUACUCAAGUAUUAAUAAAUUGCAGAAAUAAUAAGAAACUAUUGGGACGAGUAAAAGCUUUUGACAGACAUUGUAAUAUGGUUUUGGAAAAUGUAAAGGAGAUGUGGACGGAACUACCACGUACAGGGAAAGGCAAGAAAAAAGCAAAACCAGUAAACAAAGACAGAUUUAUCCCAAAAAUGUUUCUACGUGGAGAUUCCGUCAUUUUGGUUUUAAGAAAUCCAUUAGCAACCGCAGCAGGAAAGUAAUUAAAUUAACUUUAAUAUUGAUUUUAAUUUUUAAGUUAUAAUAAAGAAAAUAAAACUUUUUGAUACAAACGCAACCAGCGUUUAUUAACAUAAUAAAUCUUUUGCACAAAUUUUUGAUCGUAUGUAUAAUUUUUUAAAUAUUAAGUAAAAAAGAAUGUUAAGCAGGACAUUGUUUAUUUUUUAUGAAUUGUGUACAACAUUAUCAAUCCUUCUCGGCGAUAGCAGUUAAAUGUUUAUCAAUCUCUUGCUCGGUCAAUAUACUGUAACAGAAAAGUUGUUAAUAAAGAGAAAUGACUGUAAAAAUAAAAUUUUGAUGUGUGCAAAA